AUGACGUCGCUGCACCGCACCGAACCAAGCCUCGCCGUGCCUGACCUCCCGUCUGGCCUCUCGUCCCCGCGCCGCGCCUCUCCUCGAUAUCCCUGUACUCGAUCUGUCAUAAAACAGAUCAUUGUCAUAAAGGCAUACAGGACUCUCAGAGAUCGUGGUUCCUAUCCUGCUGCUCAGGUCAUGAGAGAUUUCCAAGGCAAAUUUGCGUUUAUUCCGUUUGACAGUGGUUCUAAAAUUGCGUUUAUUGCUACAGAUGCUGAUGGGUGUGUUCCCUUCUUUUGGGGAGUUGAUGCUGAUGGAAAUCUUGUUCUUGCAGAUGAGAAAGAGGUUGUAACUAAGAGCUGUGGGACAUCUUCUGCACAAUUUUUUAAAGGAUUCUUCUUUACAACAUCUGGAGGUUUGAGCAAUUUUGAGCAUCCAAUUAAUGAGCUGAAAUCUAUCCCAAGAGUUGAUAGUUCUGGUCAGGUGUGUGGCGCAACUUUCAAAGUGGAUGAGGCUAAGAAGGAAUCAACUGGCAUGUCAAGGGUUGGAAGUGCUGCUAACUGGUCGAAUAAUAUCUAA